AUGAUAAAUGAUUUACCUGAAAUAUCCUUGAAUGGCUCUUUAUCAGCAUGUGUGAAUGAUAUGAUGGUUGAUGGUCGAGAUUUCUGGAAGGAAGAAAGUUAUAACAGUUGGGUUAGUGUUGUGGCUCAUGAAAUCAGUCGUAACGGAACGUUCAGAAAAGACAAGUCAGAGGUUGUCAGAAAUUUUAUCAGUGUCACAUGUCCAUCGCAAUCUAACGGUAAUGGGAACUGUAUCAAUGGAACAUGUGUAUGCAACGACGAUUACGUUGGCGAUUCUUGUUUUGUAAAGAAAUCAGCACUUUUAGUACUAACCGAUAUAGAAGGUGGAGGUGAAUGCGAUCUUGCCGACGGAGAUGAUUGUCAUGAUUGUCUUCAGUUUCACACCGAGAACCUCUUGAAAGGGUUCAAGUGCAGGAUUGAUACGGUCGAUCUUGAUGUAAACGGAACAAUUAUCUAUUCUGAUAAACACGACCGUAACGGGGAAUAUGAGAGCGUAUUCGACGGAUACUGUUGUCCCUCGGCUGUAGAGAAAAGGAGAAAGAAAAGAGAUGUCACAUGUAAUACGUUUACUGUUAGAUACUCUGUAUCUAUUAGCAACGAUGGGAUACACUACGGGCCAAGUAGACAUGUUCUUGUCUUUGAUUCAACAUGUCAGUCAUUCGUCGUGAUGCCAACAGGCGACUUGCUUUUCAGUUUGAAAGAAGGGAUCAAAUAA